UAGAACAGAAUAUUUAAUUAUUGAAGUAUUGUAAAAAGAAAAAAAAAGUUUUUUAUUUUUGUUUUUAAAAAACGACUGAAGAUGUGUUGUCGUUAGUCAGAAAAAAUUUGAAUACUUGCCUAAAAUACUAAUUUUUAUCCAUUACAUCUUUAAAGCCCAAUGGUGUGGAUAUUUUUAUAUUUCAAGCAAAGAUUUCUGCUGGAUGAAAUGGUUAUAAAUAUCUAAGUUUUACACCAUCAGAUGCAAAGAUACGGGAAUUAGAAAAUGUUGACAUAAAAAUACUGAUAUGAGAAAACAUCUCCGUGCGAUAAUUAUAAGAGCGUUUGUUAUCUUCAACUUUUGAUCACAGAAUUUAUAUUUUAAUCGACAGAAAAUUAUGAAUUGAGGCAAGUCUCUUUUUGGUUUAAAAUCUAUUUUGUUUCUUGUAUCUAUAUUUUGAUGUAAAAUGUAAAAUGUUUUAGAGACCGAAAUUUAUGAACUUGAUCUGCCUACCGCCGUUUUAGACUUGAAUCACCAAUUCAAAUCCUUCUUUAAUCUUUUAAUUUGAACCGGUAGUAGGUAGUUUAGCGGCGCAGCUCAAAUUCAUAAAAUUCGGUCAUAGGAAAAAAUUUAUAUUUUGUCAGAAAGACCUAAAUUUCAGAAAAAUGGAAUUGGAGGAUGAUACUCCUCAGGUGGAGGACAGAUCCAUGUUGGAGGCUCUUGAGGUUCUAGGAAUUAAUCCAGGGAUUGAAUCCCAGGAAACCACACCGUCCUCGGAGGAUGUAUCUAUGCCCUCUGCAAUACCAGGAGUAGGACGAAGACUAGGUGGGGAGCUGGAGGAGGACAUGUCUCAGUCCUAUCACGAGAUAUUUGAAACCCAGGCGUAUAUGCAGAAACGGGAAGAAGAAGAUGAAGAAAAAGAAGAAAAAAGAGAAAGAAGAAGGACAAAUGAAGACGUAAAAGCACCAAAAAUUGAGAAAUCAAAAGAAACAAUUAGUAGAGGUCCGGGUGGGACGGAUAUUAUCUCUCCGAGUUCAGAUUUAGUAGGGAGUGAGAACUCGGGUUCCACUGAAACUGGUAUUAAGGUAGUUCCACAGGGGGAUGUAUACCUACGAGACGGAAGGUUGGUUUGUGAUGAAGAUACGGAGAAUGCCCGAGAUUAUUUAACCAGUAAACUUGUAGCAGACAGCUUAAUGUGGCAGCAGACAUUCAGAAAUGACAGCCCUAGUCCUGAAGAAUGUCUUGUCCAGGAAACAAUCAAACAAACAAAAGUUACAAAUCCGGUAAGUCAAAAAAACAAGUAAUUCCUGAGGGGGGGG